AUGUCCGUAUACAAGGCCGCUCCCGUGCAUCUUGUGGGGAGCUUCCCAGCUCCAGACGCGGCCACAGCAUUUUCCAUAUGUUGCACGGCCCUGAAAGGGCGUCUUACAGCAGUGCCUGACGGCGAGCCGGGCUGGCGAUGGAACUUUACGAUUGGCCUGGUGCAGAAGAAGGCCAUGGAGAACCCAGCCAUGGGCAAAAUCUGGCGCGAAUACGACGAGAAAUAUGACCCGUUGCCCGUCCAAGACAUGCCCGAGGACGAAGCGGCGCCACUGCGCGAACUGAUCAAGUCGACGUCGUGGAAGCUCGGGUACGCCGAAGACGCUGCGGAGUCAUACAAGACGUUCUGCAAGCUGCGGGAGGAAGGGGUGAUUGAGGAGCACGUGCGGUUCCAAGUCUGUCUGCCCGGCAUGUCCAGCUUUGCUAUUUUUGUGAAGCCGGCCUUUCAGUAUCUGGUGGAAGACCUUGCGUACCAGGUGCUGAUGGCGGAAACGGGGACGAUCGUUGCGGCCAUCCCUUCCGAGGAUCUUGCUGUCCAAUUCGACAUCGCCAGUGACUAUAUCAAAAACGAGGCCCAACAGGACCCGUCCUAUCUGAGCACCUUACGCGAGGAUUUCCAUCCGCCCAAGGAAGAUGCGAUGGAACGGUACGCGAGUCAGUACGCGGGCUUGAUUGACAAAGUCCCGGUCGAAGCACACACCGGGCUGCACAUCUGUGUGGGCAAUAUCAACAACAAGCCAGUGCUGGCACCGCGGGAUAUGAAAGUCAUGGUCACGCUGGCGAACCGGAUCGUCCGCAAGGCUAGUAGACCGGUGCAGUGGGUACAUUUUGGGUGUCUGCCCGAAUGGAAGGAUGCCACUCCAUACGAGCCACUCAGCAAGCUGGACAAGAACCUUGCCGUGUACCUGGGACUCGUGUAUCCGGACGACUUGGGGGGUGCAAAGGAGAGGGUUGCCGCGGCGAAGAAACAACUGGGUGACUUUGGCAUUGCGCCACCGUGUGGAUUGGGGAGGACGUCGGAGGAAGGUGUCGAGUCGGCUUUUAAUAUUAUGAAAGAACUUACUCCGGAGGCGGCAUAG